GAUACAUUUGUACACAUACUUCCACAACUAUUCCACACUAGAGUGUCAUUCGAGUACAAUGGCUUUGCGGAUCCUUCUUAUUGCUUGUGCUAUUAUUCAGCUCUGGAUAACUCUCAAGCACAGUUACCAUGAAGCUGAGGCUGUUGAGUUCAAGAUGACAAAUCUGGUUUGCGAGACUCUCAAUAAGUCAUGGAUGGUCUUUCAUAAAUGCAGACUCCGGGCCGUCAGUCGUAACAGGACUUGCAUGUAUUUGAAUGGAACUAUUCUGCAUCCUGCGUAUAAAAUUCAUACCCGACUUGAAAUCUUUCAAAAGGCCAAUGGCUACAAACCAUGGCUCAUUAAUACGACAGUUGAUGUCUGCCGUUUUCUGAAGAAACCCUUUAAUCCAGUGGCAAUAACCAUAGCAAAACUCUUUUUAGAAUUCUCCAAUUUUAACCACACGUGUCCUUAUCUGGGCCCACAAAUCGUCGAUGGAUUUUACCUCAGAUAUAAAUCUCUGCCGCAUGGUAUGCCGACCGGCGAAUAUCUUUUGAGCCUAACUUGGCAUUUUGAUUGGAAGCCACAGUUUAUAACAAACAUUUACUUUAAGUUCAUAGAAGACAUAAAGGCGGAUACUUAA